ACGUAAGUUCUGACAGGUGGAUUUGACUCUGGGCUCACCUGUCGGUUGCCAUGGUAACUACCGCUGGAAGCUUCUCAAGCCCCAGGGUGCACUGGGAGUUCAACAUGGCGUCGUACAGUGAGUGGCUAAGUUACCUGCAGUCAGCGGAGAAAACUGCGCUGGUUCAGGACGGGAAGAAAAAAGUCCAUUUCAAGUUCCCAGAUGGCAAGGAGAUGGCAGAAGAAUAUGAUGUGAAGACCAACGAUCUCUUGUUAAGAAAAUGGAGGAAAAAGGGAACAUUGGGAGGCUCGGGUACAUGGGAGAUAGAGGUCGGUGACCCCCAAGUGGUCCGCCCUGUUGCCAUGGAGACACAAGGAAUGGUGGAGAGCAGCAGUAACCCUAUUUUUACAAGAAGAGAUACCAAAAAGGCAUUUAUGUGGAGAAUCCGGAACCUGCCAUACCCAGUAGAGACUUAUAACAUCACCGUAGACGCUGACAACAGAUGUAUCAUUAUCAGAACAACCAACAAAAAGUACUACAAGAAGUUCCCUAUUCCUGACAUGGACAGGGCAGGUCUUCCCAUGGAGCAGAGGGCUGUGAACUAUGCACAUGCUAACAACACACUGGUUAUCACGUACGAGAAGCCUGCAGGAGUGCUGGAGAUGGAGAGACAGGUGAUGCAGGAGCUGAAGAAACUGAAGGCCGCCAAGGACGGAGAUGUCGAGUGUAACCCGAGCUGAGAAUUGUUUUGGAUCAAAACACUGAUGAUCUGGACAUUGCCAAUAGAAAUUCUUUUUACUUUCAAAGUGCUACAAGACUCAUGAAAGAUUUCAUCUCAUGAAAUUGUGAAAGAGAAGUAAUUUACAUUCCUAGCCAUGAUGGUGUCUUUUUUAAGUUGAGAUACAUGUACAUGUACAUGUACAUGGUCGUUCCUACCUUGGGGACAGCUGUGACUUUUACAAUGUCCAGCCAUCCCACAGCUCUCACUCCCCCUGCUGAAAAAAUCAUACCAGUUGGCUGGCACACACAUCGGAGGAUAAGCUGGAUGUUGGGAAUGGGAGUUUUGGAAGGAGUUAGUUGGGAACUGACUUGUAGGGGCAGGGUAAUACAUUGUAUGUUGUUAGGUAUGGGAAAAGUCCCUCUUGUGGGAGGGUCUGCAUGGGGGGUCCUGACAACGAUUUAUGCUGAAUUCAGAAAAAAAAAACCUACGCUAAAUCAAGUAUGCUAAAUUUGGUCGCCAAGCUAUGAAUUAUGUAGAUAAGAUGGUUUUCCCUACGAAUUAUGGGAAAUAAAAAUAGGCUGCCUACACCUUACGUAAAAGAGCAUGCAGACCCUCUUGUGGCAGUGGGGGGGAUUUAGUUACAUUUAAGGGACUGAAUCUUUAGAUUAGUGAUUACUAUGUAAUGUUACUACAUAAUGCUCCAUAUGUAUGCAUGGAGUCCUGCUGUACAGCAUGUAAUCAUGAUUUUUACAGGUUUGGGUGGUUGCCCUGAUGCAAGGGUAACUCUUGCUUUGACUUGAAGUGUUGUAAAUUGUUAUUGCAUAGGUAUUACAUUGUAUAUUUUUUCACUCCUGUAUGUUCAAAUUAUGUGCUGACUUUGCACUGUUGGAUGAGAUAUUUGAAGCCACAAUAAACUCAGAAAGCUAA